AUGUUGACGUGGCUGACUCUCUUAUAUGGUAUUCACUACCUAAAGUCAGUCACCGCCGGCACGAACACAGUAGUACUUGAUUAUGCUACCUACGAGGGAACGGUCAAUUCAGACGGCACCACACAAUGGCUUGGAAUGCGAUAUGCCGCAGCUCCCAUUGGCAAUCUGAGGUUCGCAGCUCCUCAAGACCCUCCAGUUGUCCAAGGUGUACAAAAAGCUGUCGAGCAUGGAAAUGUCUGUCUAGGAACUGGUCAGAACCCGCGCGUUGGGGGACCUUCUGAAGACUGCUUGUUCGUUGACGUCUACGCACCAACAGACGCGACCCCUGAGUCAAAGUUACCGGUAUACUUUUUCAUCCAAGGCGGCGGCUUCAACUUUAACGCCAAUGCAAACUAUAAUGGCAGUGGACUCGUCACUGCUUCUGGCAACAAUAUUAUUGUGGUCACUUUCAAUUAUCGCGUCGGCCUAUAUGGCUUUCUCGCAGGCCGUGAGGUCGACAGCCUCAACAAUGGACUGAAAGAUCAACGAAAGGCCUUGGAAUGGGUUCACAAAUACAUUGACAAGUUUGGAGGAGAUGCAGGCCAUGUCGUGCUUGGAGGAGGUUCCGCUGGUGCCGCAUCUGUCUCCUUCCUCUUGACGGCAUAUGGAGGGCGAGAUGAUAAACUAUUUGUCGGUGCUGCAGCAGAAUCGGUCAGUUUUGCUACCAUCCUGACCAUCGACGAGAGCCAGUAUCAACUCGACGCACUUGCCAAGCGACUGAAAUGCCCAACGGGUACCAAUUCUGGAAAGGAUACACUGAUCUGUCUACGUUCCAAGUCUAGCGCCGAGCUACAGCAGCACAAUCACAACAUUCCCUAUCCAGGCAACCGUCAAUCACCAUUGUUCAUGUGGAAUCCGGUGCUGGACGGCGCAUUGAUCCAGAACUACACAUAUGCAGCUUUCGAAGAUGGCGCUUUCGUCCAUGUGCCCGUCAUUAUUGGGGAUGACACAAACGGUGGCACUGUCUUCACACCACGGCAGACAAAAAGCCAGAAGCAAUCAGACACCUUCUUACGCAACCAGUUCCCCUUCCUAUCGUCCAAGCAGCUUUCCCGGAUCAGUGCCCUCUUUCCCAACGCCGGUCCUACCUUUCCCGAGACUGGAUCUUGGUGGCGCCAAGUCUCUAACGCUUAUGGAAAUAUGCGGUACAUGUGUCCCAAUCUUUUUAUUACCAGCGCUUUGGCACGAUACGGGAACAAGGGGAACUGGAACUACAGAUACAACGUGGAAGAUUCGGCACAGGUCAAGAUCGGCCUGGGUGUCCCUCAUAUCGUCGAGUUAGGUGCAAUCUGGGGUCCGACAAACGUACAUGGUUCGGCGCCAUCAAGUUACCAAGAAGGAGGAUCAAAUCACUGGAUCGUUCCGCUCAUUCAAGGAUACUGGACCAGCUUCAUCAGGGCACUUGAUCCGAACGUGUAUCGGAUCCCAGGUUCGCCGACGUGGGACGAGUUCAUCACGGCAGGCUCUACGGGCUCCAAUUCCGAAACGGUUGAUGUGGACGCGCUGGACUGGCGAAGAAUGAUCUUCGAUACUCAGGACACCACGGGCAUGGAGGAAGUGAGCACUUCCGUUCGCUCGCAGUGUCAGUACCUGAACAGCAUUGGGGUCUCGAUACGGCAGUAG